GCCCGGGCCGGGACACCUCCCAUCACCGCUCGAAACCAGCGGCCGCCCUACCAAUAGGCAGCUCCAGCGCGAAGGGUGAACGGGGGCGCCGCCACGCCUUGGAAGGCUCCCCAAAGGGCGCCGGCUCCUGGCUGCGGCCCCCACUCCGCCUGGCCAUUGCCGCUUUAAGCUGCAGCCCACGCGAGGCGGUGGGCUGGGUGCCCGCGCCCUCCUUUCCCCACGUGGUCUCGGAGCCUGUGAAUUUCAAUCGCGGGAGGGUCCGGGCGCAGAGACCGGUCCCGCAGCUGAGAUCUGGGCGUCCAUCCGGAGAGCGGCUCUCCGCAUACUUUCGGCUGCCGGUGCCUGGCCCGGCCAGCAGCAGCCACAAUGAGCCAAGGCGGCUCCCCCCGGGAGAGCCGCGGGGCUGCACGGCCGCCGGUCCCGGAGCCCUGGAGUGAGACAGCGGCAGCCUAAGCCCAGCAGCAGUGGGAGGAGAAUGCACCGAGCGGGUCUGGCCGGGCUGGGCUCCGUGGCCGUGCUCUGGCUGCUGGCGUUGGCUUCCCUGCUGGGGCUGUGGAGCCAGCGGAUUGCGGAGCCGGUGGGCAUCGGAGCGAGCUUCCCGCAGGAGCGACCCGGAUCCCGGCUUGGAAACCUGAGGCAGGCGGCUGAGGUAUCGGCGGCUUCGAGUGGGCGCCUCGGUCUCGCCAGCCAAGCCGGCCAGAAAACUUUCCGAGCGCUGCUCACGCUGCCGAGACAGCCCCCGGAGCCCCAGGACGACCCAAGCGAAAGCGGGCAGGAGCCGCCUCUUCCUCAGAGGGAGCCGGGCGGCUUAGAGCAGCUGUCCGGCUCGCCGGUGCGCGGGGGGAUCUUCUGGAGCCGCGCCCUGGAGGCUCAGGUGCCGCCGGGCUUCUCGGCGGACGAGGCGGCCUCGUGGCUGCGAGCGGCCCGGGCGGCGCGCGUCGUGGCGCUGGAGCGGGGCGGCUGCGGGCGCGGCUCCAACCGGCUGGCCCGGCUGUCGGACGGGAGCCGCGCCUGCGUGCGCUACGGCAUCAACCCAGAGCAGAUCCAGGGCGAGGCGCUCUCCUACCACCUGGCCGGGCUGCUGGGCAUCCAGGAGCGCCUACCGCCGUUGGCCCUCUCGCUGGUGGAGACGCGCGGCGGGCAGUGGGCGCAAGUGCGGGACGAGCUGCGCGGCUCGCACUGGGCGGAGGGCGCCGUGGUGAGCCUGGCGCGGUGGGUGGACAAUCUGACCGACGUGGUGGCCCCCGACCCGUGGCGCGCCGAGGCCGGCCGGCGCCUGCAACCCCUAGCGGCGGCAGAGCUCCGCGGACUGGGGGAGGCGCAGCUGGCGGAGCUGGUGCAGUGGAGCGACCUGAUCGUCUUCGACUACCUGACGGCCAACUUCGACCGGCUGGUCAGCAACCUCUUCAGCCUGCAGUGGGACCCGCGCGUGAUGCAGCGCGCCACCAGCAACCUCCUGCGCGCCCCCAACGGCGGACUGGUCUUUCUGGACAACGAGGCCGGCCUGGGCCACGGCUACCGGCUGCUGGCCAUGUGGGACAAGUACAACGAGCCCCUGCUGCGCUCCCUCUGCCUCUUCCGCGAGGCUACCGCCCAGCGCGUGCGGGAACUGCACCGCCAGCGCAACGCGGCCUCCGAGCUGCGCCGCCUCUAUCGGACCCGGGAGCCGCUGGCCGAAGCGCUUGGCUUCCUCUCCGACCAUCAAGCCCAGCUGCUGCAGGACCGCGUCGACUUGGUGCACAGGCACAUUUUGCACUGCAAAGCCAAGGCCGCCUCGCUGUGAUGGGCCGGGCCUGACUGGAUGCGGAGGGCGCCCCCGCCAGGGGGGCCGAGGGUCGGCCUAUCACCCCUUUGAGGUCUCCUGCAAGAUUGCCAGCCUUGGAAGGGACUUUUGCUGCAGCCUGGAUGGAGGCGGUAGUCCGGUGUCUCUGGUUCAGAGUGUUGCUGAAAUUUCAAGCAGGAAUAUGGGAUGAGGCCAACUAAGAAAGAAGUGAAUGAGAACAGAAGCUUUUGGGAGAAAGGGAGCCUAUAAUGGGCAGGGUUCCUUGCCCUUUUGGUACAGGGAUCCAUCCAUGGAAUGUGCUCCUUCACUGAGUAUAAAGGAUUAUGGACCAGUCCCUCAACUUGCAGUGAUACCUCACAGUACCACUGCUUCCAGCUUCAUAGGAUCCUCAAAUGAGAGCUGAGUAGGUUUAUAUAUUUAGGAAAGAUGCACCGAAAUACACACUGUGCUUCUCUCUCUCUCUCUUUUUUUGAGGCAUGAGAUGUAAUGUUGGCCCCUUGUCUGCACUAUUGUCUGUUACAAAACUAAUAAUUUUUCUCCUACACAGUUCCACCCCCCCCCCCAUAAGACCAUUUCUUAAUGUUUAAUAGUGCUUUGAGAGACCCAACCAAUGGUCAGGAAGUACUUGAUGCUGCAGCAUUGCUGAACCAAAACAGUAUAACCCUGAUCAGUUUGUUGAAUGGAAAACCACCUGAAGCCCUUGUGUACAAGCAAGAUCUAAUUUUUGUUUUACAUAUAUAAAUCUCAUUGUUUGAAGCUCAUAUAGGCUUCACUUUCCAGAAUUGGUGUUUUUUACUACAUCCUAAGAACUAUGCUUCAGAAUUCAUUUUGGUAAAAGACUCUUUAUAAACUAUAUUGGCCAUAUUGGGAAAGGGACCAUUUAUGUUUCCCCUUCCAGUGGGAGUCAAUGUAUUCUAGAAGGGAGUGCACAAGUAUUCCCUCUCAUGGUUGUCUUCUUUUUAAUUGAAAAUAAGUUUUAAAACUGAAUAGCAUUCGCAGUCCAAUAACUGAUGUCACACUUAUUCAGACUUUGGAUUAGGGAAAACAUAGCCCUGUUUUUCUUUCAUAUGGGUUUCCCCACUGUGAAUGGAUGUACAUACUAUCAAAGUAAGGAAGAAGUGUUUAAGAAAUGCCACUGUUCCAGUAGCUCUUAAUCUUUUCUGUGAGGGAGAUUUGUCAAAAUAUCUUCCUUCCUCACUAUGCCUGUUUUAUAUGUAACCCCUGCUGUACAGUUAAAUAAUUGACUAAUAAGACAGCAGAGGAGAAAUGAUUCCCGGGUUUAUAAUAUUUGUCAGUGUAGUAAAUUUUUGAUGCGUUUGUCACACAGGAGGAGAAAAAAAUCAAUUUCAUGCACUUUACUUUGACUUUUCUUAUUUUUUUUUAAUAAAAUGGCCUUUUAUUUUUUAAAAGUUUUGCAUUUUAGGUACAUGAUGUACAUUUUUAAGGUGUUCUGUAACAUACUAAAAUGGAUAUUUCAGUAAAACAUGUUAAUGUUU